GUCUUUCCAACAAACAAUAUUUUAAUCGUUACAAUUAUUUAAUCACCCAUCCGUGCAUGCACCAUUUUUCAUAUAAAUAUCCCUCAUUCACCCAUUCCAUUAAUAUUAAAAAAAAAAAAAAAAAUAAUUAAAACACUCUCACAACUUCCAUUUUAUCAAUACACACAAAAAAAAGUUAACAAUAAUGAAUACGAAUUGUGAAGUAGAAAAUGAUUUUGAAGUUCUUGAAUCAAUUAGGAGGCAUUUACUUGAAGAUUGGGAAGCUCCAUUAAUGAGCUCUGACAAUUCAACAACGUCGGAGUUCAGCCGUAGCAACAGCAUUGAAUCAAAUAUGCUUGCAAAUUUCUUGUCGAAUGAGUUCGAUUAUUCAUCUGGAAUUUUCCAUGACCAUAUUUUCAAUGAAAGUGGAUUACCUAAUAUCAAACUGGAGCCACAAACUUCCAUCGAAUCACCUGAAAUGUGGUAUUUACCGGAAUUUGUGGCUCCAGUAACCAGCUCUGAGAACUCAACAGCGUCAGAGUUCAGCCGGAGCUGCAGCAUUGAAUCAGAAAUGGUUGAUAAUUUCUUUUCUAAUGAAUUCGAUUAUUCAGCUGGAAUUUAUCAUGACAAUACUAUCAACGACUACACAAUUCCUACGUCUCUGCCGGAGGUGAAACUGGAAUCACCGGUGGCAACUACGCCUCCGCCGCCGCCACCUCCUGUGGCGGCGGCGCCAAAGCCGGCGAAGCAUUACAGAGGAGUGAGAGUGCGUCCAUGGGGGAAGUUCGCGGCGGAGAUUAGGGAUCCGGCGAAGAAUGGAGCGAGAGUGUGGCUCGGUACAUAUGAGACGGCGGAGGAUGCAGCGUUGGCUUAUGACAAAGCGGCGUUUCGCAUGCGGGGGUCACGUGCAUUGCUGAAUUUUCCGUUGAGGGUUAAUUCAGGUGAACCGGAACCGGUUAGAGUUGGUUCGAAGAGAUUGUCAGCCUCGCCGGAGAAACCAUCAACAGUGUCUUCAUCGACGAAAAGGAAGAAGAAAGUUGCUUAAAGGGGAGACAAUAGGUCCUAAUUAAGUGGUCCUGUAUAGUAAUUACAAGUAAAUUAUUAGAGGAAUCUUUUUUGUUUGUUAGUUUUUAUUGGAUGAGUAAUGAAUUUGUUCUUUCUUUCA